GCCUAUUUAUGUAAAGAUAUACGCAUAUAUGCCGUGUAAUACAUUUUUCUACGAGGUCACUUAUCUUUUGGAAACGAAUGCCUGCUGAUCGGGUGCGUGACAUUGACACAUUCACACAUCAUUUGUGGAAGUUGAAAGUGUGAGGGUUCGAAAUGAUAUUCGGAUUUGUUAUCGCGAUUUUUGUGAUUCUCUUUGUUAAAUUCGUUAGGGAACGACGAAGAACUCUCAAUGUGUUCAAAAGACUUGGUAUCCCUGGACCUCCGCCCAACCUCUUUCUAGGAAACAUUUUGGAUAUUCUACCGGGGCCAUCAAUUGCUGUUGCCCGGUGGCAAAAACAAUAUGGAAACACAUUUGGGUAUUUCGAAGGCCCUGUACCAGUAUUGGUCACAUCUGAUCUUGACAUUAUCAAGCAGGUUUUCAUCAAAGAUUGCAGCAAGUUCACAGGCAGAAAGCCUUUUCCAGUAGGACCCGACCCCGAUGAUGGACAGACUGUCAGUGUGGUGAUUGCAAACGGCCAUCGCUGGAAACGCUUGCGAAGCAUCAUGAGCCCAACAUUCAGUACAAAUAAACUAAAGAAGACUACCCCACUUGUGAUGAACAGUGUCAACACAUUAAUGGAGCUUCUCGAGGAGAAGCAGGAGUCAGGAGAGUCAUUCAAUAUCAUGGAAUUAUUCCAGGGCCUAACCAUGGAUGUGAUAAGCUCCGCUGCCUUCGGUCUGGACAUUGAUGCCCAAAGAAACAAAGAAUCAAAAUUCACAUCAUCAGCUCGCCAGGUGUUCGCUGAACAGAAUUUCAGCAACCUUCCGCCAGUCAGAAAGUGUGUUUUCCUUCUUGCCGUCUCCUUCCCCAUUGUCGGCAAGCUGAUGUUCGAUCUCUUCCGAUUCCUAAACGACAAGAAAUUCAUUGAAUUAGGUGGAUUCUGGAUGGCCGAACAAGCAAAGAAAGUUAUCAAGGAACGAAAACACCAAACGAUUCCCGAAGGGACAGAGAAGAGGAUUGACUUACUCCAGUUAAUGAUGGAUGCGGAAUCGCCCGAUGAAAUGAUCGAUGACAGUGCAUUGACCAUGACGCAAGACGACGCUGAUGAAGGCACAAAGUCGAAGAAUGGAACCGCUCCUGAAAAACGACCGACUAAGGCAGGGGUGAGAGUUGCAAAGAAAAUAUCGUCCCAGGAAAUGGUUAGCAAUGUGGUGGUGUUCAUGCUGGCUGGGUACGAGACAACAAGUACAGCUCUCAGCUACGCCGCACACGAGUUGGCCUCCAACCCUGAUGUACAGCGGCGACUUCAGGAGGAGCUGGACAAGGAACUGUCAGGGGAUCUCCCCGAAUAUCAGAGUCUGUCACAACUACAGUACCUGGACAUGGUCUUCAGCGAAGUCCUUAGAUUGCAUCCCAUCGCUCCAUCAUUUGUUACACGAUUAUGCAUGGAAGACACAAGAGUUAGCGAGAUGGAUAUACCAGCUGGCAUGUGUGUGCAGGGGAAUGUUUACUCCAUACACAACAAUCCAGAGAUCUGGGGGCCAACGGACACAACAUUAUUCGAUCCAGAAAGAUUCUCGCCUGAAAGAAAGGCCAAUCGUAAUCCAGCAGCCUUCCUCGCCUUUGGGGUGGGCCCCCGGAACUGCGUUGGUAUGCGAUUUGCGUUACUGGAAAGCAAGCUUGCCCUGGCCAGAAUCUUACAGAAAUACAAUAUCGAGAAAUGUCCAGAGUCAGCGGAGGUACUAGUGACUACGGAACAGGCCACGGUUGUACCAAAAAAUGGUGUAAUGGUGAAAUUGGCAUUAAGGAAUUGAAAAUGACAAUAGAUCAACCCUCCUUUAAAUAAAAGUACUUAUAUUUACUUGUAUUGAACUUUUUUAUGCAUCGUGAUGAGAGAAGUAUUUGGAGGACGCAGACUGGUUGCGACAAUUAGUGGGGUUUUGCCUGAAAAUACAAUGCAAAUAUAACAUUGUGACAUCGAAUCCGGGGUUGUGAACCCUUACGUUCAAGAAACAUCCCGAAUAUGUUUUUGAACGAAACAAAAGGGGUUAUAUUUUGCGGCUUCUUCUGUCAAGUCGGUUUGCUAACCAUUUACAAUGAUACCACAUUGUAUAUAUCUGCACAAAAUGUACCUAAACAUAAUAUGAUUACAUAAGGUAAUGUAAUGUAAAUUGUUAUGUACUUAUUACGAAAAAUGUAAUGGCUGUAUGCACAGUACAAUAACUAUUUCAAAAACCUAAAGUAAAUAUAAAAAAUUAAUUGACAAUGUGUUA